GUAAUUAUAGGCGUAUUUAUUGUAGCAAGUGAAAGAAAAGCGAUAAAACAUUAAAUAGUGGUUAAAAGGUGGAGAGAGAGAUCACAUGGCGUCGUUGCCGCUGGGACCUGAGCAACAUCACCAUAAUCCACCACCCGACCAUCACUAUCAUCAUAAUAAUGUUAUUGACCAAGCUCCUCCUCAUCCUCCCGCCGCCGUGAAGCUUUCCGCCGCCCUCAACCGUAAUAUGGACACCGACAAGGUACACCUGCCCCCAUUUUCCCCCCAAACCCUAGCUACCUCUCUUUUCCAGCUCGAUCUAGCUCACUACCUUCACUUCCUUCUCGAUCUUCUCUUCUUAAUCGAUCGGACCAAGUGUUUCCGCCGCGAUCUGACACUUUGCGCUCUUUUGCUUGUUUUGUUACUUUUAUUUUUGUGCAUCGUUUUAGAAAGCAAAAAAAAAAAAAUGUCGAAAUUGUCCUCUUUGGCUUUGUAGUUGGUUUCUGUGGUCUCAUUGUACUCAAUUUUUGACGAAAAACAACUUCUGAAGCUUUAGUUGCUUCGUUCAACUUUAAUUGCUUUUCUUUGACUGCGGAUGAAGUCUUCAUUUUGUGAGGAAAUGGCAGGGCCGCUGGUGGAGGGGAAUGAUCCACUCACCGGUCACAUCAUUUCUACUACUAUUGGAGGAAAAAAUGGCGAGCCCAAACGGACAAUUAGUUACAUGGCAGAGCGUGUUGUGGGUACAGGAUCUUUUGGAAUAGUUUUUCAGGCAAAAUGCUUGGAAACUGGAGAAACAGUGGCCAUAAAAAAGGUCCUUCAGGAUAAGCGGUAUAAAAAUCGUGAGCUGCAGUUAAUGCGGUUGAUGGAUCAUGCAAACGUGAUUUCUCUUAAGCACUGUUUCUUUUCUACGACAACCAGAGAUGAGCUUUUCCUUAAUUUGGUCAUGGAUUAUGUCCCUGAAACUAUGUACAAGGUCCUAAAGCAUUACACCAAUUCUAAUCAAAGGAUGCCACUGAUUUAUGUCAAACUCUAUACCUAUCAGUUAUUCAGAGGGUUAGGAUAUAUGCAUUCAGUUGCCGGGGUUUCCCACAGGGAUAUAAAGCCUCAAAACAUAUUGGUUGAUCCACUAACUCACCAGGUCAAGAUUUGUGAUUUUGGAAGUGCUAAAGUUCUUGUGAAGGGCGAAGCCAAUAUAUCCUACAUUUGUUCUCGUUAUUAUCGUGCUCCAGAACUUAUAUUCGGUGCAACUGAAUAUACGUCAUCAAUUGAUAUCUGGUCAGCUGGUUGUGUCCUUGCUGAGCUACUUUUGGGCCAGCCUCUCUUUCCAGGAGAAAAUGCAGUCGAUCAACUUGUAGAGAUUAUCAAGGUUCUUGGUACUCCAACCCGAGAAGAAAUCCGAUGCAUGAAUCCAAAUUACACCGAUUUCAGGUUUCCCCAGAUCAAGGCCCAUCCUUGGCACAAGGUUUUCCAUAAACGGAUGCCUCCUGAGGCCAUUGAUCUUGCUUCUAGGCUACUACAGUACUCGCCUAAUCUUCGCUGCACAGCACUAGAAGCAUGUGCCCAUCCUUUCUUUGAUGAGCUUCGGGAGCCCAAUGCCCGCCUCCCAAAUGGUCGCUCUUUCCCCCCUCUUUUUAACUUUAAGCAGGAAUUGAACGGAGCUUCACCUGAGUUGAUGAACAAGUUGAUACCAGAGCAUAUCAGGCGGCAAGCUGGUCUGAAUUUUCCCGUUCCUCAUCCUGCUGGGACGUGAUCCAAAUCAAAUCAGACGGUAUGUUUGUUUAUUUGAUGGAUAAGUAGCUAAAAGGUCUGUUGGCGACGUUGUCAGGCGUCGUCCCAAGUUGGUGGUUUUUGAGGUCUCCCAGUGAUAUACUGAAUAUAUUAUGCACAUAUUGGCUACUUCUUCUGUACAUCCAUUUUGGUUUAAACUCAAGAUUAUGAUAUGUAGGGAGCAGGUAUGAUUGUGUUGGUAUUAUUAGUGUCGAUCCCAGGCAUAGUAACUGUAUUUCUCUCUGUUUUCACAUCCUUUUCUUUUUUCCUUUUACAACCUGUAACUGUCAAAUACUUAAAAGCCUUAUUUUGGAGUUAUUGUUUUCCUCUACA